CAUAAAUUCACAGCGCGUUUGCGCACCACAACCACGAAUAACUACCCUGCAGAUAUCGAACACGCUGUUGACAGGCACUCUGUAUGGUCAUGGUUGAUCUGCUCCGCAAGAAACUGCCUACACCAUGGCGGUGGACACCAACGGCUUGAGCGCGAUGGAAACCGCACACAUACCUAUCGCGCAACUCACUCCUCUGUUGGUUGCGCCCGCGACGAGAUCAAUCAAAGCUGUUGUCACUCUCACAUGGCCUUACAGCUCUGCGACUGGGUCUAUCGCCUUCCUGCUAUCAGAGCCAGACUUCCGUUUGCGAAGAACGAGAGGACAAGUUCGUGUGCAGUUCGCAGGAGCCAGUGCGAAGAGUAUUGCGAAAGCGGGCAUUGCAAGCGGCGAUGAGGUCACACUAUGUUUAGAUGGGGUAGAAUGGCUAGAGAAUCAAAAUGAUGCUGGGACGCCUGGCAGAGGUGUAGAAGUCGAACUCAAGUUCACAGAGAGACUUCACCUUCAGUUCAAGCAAGAAGAUGCCUCAGAAUUAAUCACGAUCGAUAUCGAUCAUCCUCCGCCGGAUCCUGAGACUGCACUUGUCUUUGCGAGAAUCCCAACCCCAGAACCUUCACCUCCAAGCCCUGUCACGAAUGGCACGUCUAUUCCUUCAAGUACAAUAUUAGAAGCCGAUGAUGAAUGGUCCUCACCAGCUUUUCUUAAGCGGGCAAGAACUUCGUAUGGCUCACUUUUCGACUCGGACUAUGACCCAUUCUUGGAAGAUGGCACAGUCCAAGGGAAAGGAAGAAAGCGGACCAGGUUGAGCUCUGUAUGGAGAUACAGCAGCCGCUCACCAACACCAGAAGAGGCAGAAAGUCAGGCGACGAAUCAAGUUUCCCCAGAGCCACUACCAAAGCUCGCGCCAACUAUGAUGGACGAAGCAUGUCAAACAGUUGGUUUGGAGGUCGGGGUCGCAGCGGAGACUUUGGCAGAUUUCGCAAGGCAAGCUACCAAUGUUGGCUCCACUCCAUACUCACAGAUGAAUGGUGCUCAGCCGCCAGAGAUAAUUUCAUCCAGUAGUCCAGCUCAGGUAGCCCAAGAACCAGAAGAUGUUGCGAUGCCUCCCCCAAGGAUACAUACACAGCAAACAAAUUUCACAUCCGACGAAGCAAUGAACUUCAAUCAGGAACCUCCCUUGUCCCCGAGACUUCACCCUAUACCUUCCGACAACCUGCCACUUGUAUCUCCUCUAGUUUCGCACUCUAAUGGUUUCAACUUUGGCCAACUGGGACAGUCCACUUCAGAUAAUGCGCCCAAUCAGUUAUCGGUUCCAAGUAAUCAUGCUGCCCCAGACGAAGAAGAUGAGGAAGACAUAUAUGGAGCCAGUCCAGUUAGCCACCGCAGCAAUGUCCCGAGGUAUGGAUUCAAUGGCUUUCAGGAACCACCUGGUGGAGGCCAAACUGCAAAAUUUCCAGCUAUUGCUGGCCCUUAUGCGAUUGAAGAUCAAUAUGGCCACUGGCAGAACGCCAAUGCCCAACUUAGGCAAUCUGCAUCACCAUCGAAGCAUGACGAGUAUCACGACAGCGAGCCACAAAUAGGCCAAUCAUAUAACAUCGAGAAUCACAAUCAGCAUAAUCUUGGUCUUGCCACUUCUCAUGACCGAAUGUCCACAGAACAGUAUCCGGAAAUUGAUCCUCAAUUGGCAGAUGGUGUUCGAUAUCCAGAGCUGUCACACAACAAAGACGAUCUAGCAGUUGAGGAGCCUAUUUAUCGUCCUCACCUUGCACAAUCCUCAGCUAUGUCACGGUCCCAAAGCGCUCUGUCUCAUAGUGCUCGAUCUCAGAGUGUCCAAUCACCAGUUGUUGACCUCACCGAAGACAGUGAUGAGAAUGAGGAAGAGGAGGAAGAUCAGGAAGAUCAGGAUGCCCCAGGCGAAGACGACGACUCUCUAGAAGGAUCUGAAAUUGUAGAUGAUGGACUUGUUCCUGUCUACACCUCUCGACACGUGAGUCGGCAAACAGAAGCACGGAGUGACCAUCGUCUCCAAGAGGACCAUGAAUCUAACGAUGGCGAUGAAAGUGGCUCUGAGGCGGAGGGAUCGCAGGAACCUGAAGACGAGAAUCUGUACUAUAUGGAGAAUGAUGCGGACGAAGAUCCUGAAAAUCCUGCAGGUCCCGACGAGUAUCCCCGUUAUCGACGAACUCCAGAAGCCAUUAACGGCGCCGUUGAUGAUGACGGAUUCGAAGAAGACGAAGAAGGUAGCUUUGACGAAGAGGAAGAGCAAGAAGAGAGCUAUGAUGAAGACGAUAUGCAAGACGAGGAUCCACCUGGACCGCCUGUUGUCAUUGACUUGCUUUCAUCCGACGACGAAGACGAGCCAGCUGCUACCAUUCCUAGUACUCAUCAAACGUCGCAUUCCCAAUUCCAAAGCGCGCCAGCAGACUCGAGAGAGUGUGAAGAAAGCGAUGAGGAUGAAACGGAUCAAGAAAAUGACGUGCCAUACCACGAACGAGAAGAGAUCAGGACUCAUAUUCAACGUGAUCCUCCACCUCAGGCCUAUUCAGGCGAGGAUUUGUUCGACGAAGAUUAUGAUGAGGAAGACCAAGAGGAGCUUGUCAGCGAUCGGGAUGCUGCAGAUCGCCAUGGCGAUCCCGCUCGUAUAGUGGAAGGGCAUAAACAUGAAGCAGCUUCACAAAGUGGUGAAUCAGAGGAGGAGGAGGACGAGAGCGAUGGUUCCGAAGAUGAAGAUUUAAUGGACGAGGAUGAUAGCCAUGGUGUCGAUGCUGAGGAUGAGCCUCGAACGCCCGAAAGCAGACGAGCACCAAGUUCCAUACCCAACGACAUUGCAAAGAAGCCUGCGGAUGAGAAAUCUGUCGAGGAGAAGCCGCAAUCGUCUGGUGGACCAUCAUUGUUUCCCAGGAUGUUCAAUCUAGACGGUGCGACCGAUGAACCACUGUCCCCAAGACUUUCCUAUCCCACGCUUCCCAACGAGGAGCCAUCACCAUCCAAUGCCCACGGUGGAGAACGUGGGUCCGAGUCUCAAGAACAAACGGAGCUAUUCGUCCAACAUACCAACGGACAACUUCCGACUCCUGAUAUCUCCCAGCCAAUAGAGAAGAUGACAGUCACCGACACAUCCUUCACCUCUACGACUGCACACACAUCUGAGAUACACAUGGAGGUCUUGGAAGAGAAUCGUACCAUUACAGAAGUGGAUACGUCUACCGAGGUUCAGGUUACAACUCAUGUAUCUUCAAUUGACAUGGAAUCGCACGCUUCAGCCGAUCUGAGACCUUCUCAAGAUGACGUGGAUAUGGAGGCGCUCAAUGAGAGCGAAUUGCAUGAUGCCAACGACGAGAACACUGAGAAGACCGAAGUUCUGACAUCUCUCGCUAAAUCUGAGGAUGUUGAUUCUGUGAUGGACGAGGAAUCUGCUGAAGAGAUGGAGGACGUUCAGUCCAGUCAAUCUGCUGGGCACGAUGAUAAUAUCGCGGUCAAUCCACCUGCCGAAACCAGAAGAAGCCCAAACACUGGUGAGCACGAGCACAUUCAGAACAACGACACCAGCUUAAUGCAUGAAACUGUCGAUGCAGAGGAGCAUGGCGAGCACCCUCUGGAUGUUGAAAGCAUGCCGAAAGACGAAGCCGGUGAGGACUCUGUCGAGGAUGCCUCCGAUCAAGAAUCUAGCGAGAGCGAAGAGGUAGUAGAAACAGUUGAGCCACUGGGACCAACUGUCACUACGAGAGCUGCGGCUCAUGCAGCGGCAGAAGCAAACGGCGAUCCUGAGGAAUGUAGCGAGAUCGAGAAAGAGGCAGACACUGUUGAGGAGCAGUUUCUGGCCGUCACUACUAGAGCGGAGACUCAUGCCCUUGAAGAAACAGAGCACGCGAAUAAGAUCGACCAGGAGGUGGAAACUGCCGAGCAACCAGGGCCGACAGUUACUACCAGGUCUUCCGCUCAUUCUGUCGUGGAAGCAGGUGGGAUCAAUAAUGAAGCCAGCAAGAUCGAGCAGCAGAUGGAAACCGAACCAAUCGAGCAACUAGGGCCGACUGUCACCACGAGAUCUGCAGCCCAUACUCUCGCCGAAAGCGACAAAGCCAAUGAGGAACCUAGUGAGGUUGAGGAGGCAGAAGCUACUGAACAACCAGGACCAUCUGUCACUACGCGGUCUGCGGCCCAUGCUCUUGCGGAUGGUGCUAUUGAACAGACCGAUAAGAUCGAAGAAGAGACAGAAACUCCCGAGUUGCCAGGACCGACCGUCACCACGAGAUCUGCCGCUCAUGCUCUCACGGAAGCGGACGAAGCCGGUGAAAAAGAAGUUGACGCAUCGAUUGCGGAAGAAAAGACCUCUGAACCUGCCCAAGACCAGCAAAAACAUGUUAAAAUUGUGAUCGAGGAGCCGAAAUUUACUUUGCAGCAUCCUAGAAGAAGUCACCGGAGAGUCAAGUCCACCACGUCCACUGCAAAAGAUGACGAAAAUGUUCGUCCAGUUACGCCCAUCAAAAUUCAAACCACAACCCAGCUGGACAAGAAAACACCCGAGCCACGCUCUCCAAUGGUGGUUAUUGAUGCCCACGCAACCCCAAAAGGUCAUGAUGCUAGUAUUGAGUUAGCUCUUUCAUCGCUCGAGUCGCCCUCAAAGCAGACUCACGAUCUUAGAAAACCUCCCGUGGCAGACCUGAAAUUACGACUUUCGCGAGCCCUGCGUACGGAGUUGAGUGAGUUCACCGCACUGAAAGUACUUCGAUAUCACAUGAACCAGAAGUUGGACAUCCUAGCUGUCGCUACAACAACUCCACCAGAGCCACAGCGAGCAAAAGGUGGCCCCAGGCAUUAUCAGAUUGCCUUUAACAUUACCGAUCCGUCGAUAGCCCCCAGUGGCGUAACCGAGGUGCAAGUUUACCGUCCCUACAGUCAUGCCCUGCCUACGAUAUCGGCUGGUGAUGGUAUUCUGCUCCGGAAUUUUCAAGUCACAUCGGUUCAGAAAGGUUUUGCUUUACGAUCUACUCAAGACGAGGGAAGCAGUUGGGCCGUAUUCAAAGAUGACAACGAACCAGAGAUGCGUGGUCCUCCAGUGGAAUACGGAAAUGGAGAGAAGAAUCAUAUCAUAGCUCUGAAGGUUUGGUAUGCGUCAUUAGAUGAUGUCGCAAAGGCAAAAAUCAACAGAGCGAAUGGUGAUAAGGCUGCAGCGGGGCGUUGAAGGGCAUUGUUAUGGUGUUAUGACUGAGCAUUUUUGUACGGUUAGGGGGGGGUAUUUGCAGCAUAUGGAUUCAGGGUGUGGUGGGUGUAUGUAUGAAUAUCCCUUGGCCUUCGAUGGUUUCAGAUACGAUUGAGCUAAACUCAAUACAAUGCAUUGCCUUCUUAUGGCCAU